AUGGAUAUUAUAUUAUAAUAGAUUAUCCAUUUAAUAACGUAUUUUCACGGAAAAACUACAUUUUCAUGAAAAUAUUUAGAUGUAGACACAGAAAAUUAAAUUUCGACAUAUGUAGUGGACUAAUCCAACAUGACCUGACCGUAUUUUGGCUGUGCCAAGGGAAGAGGAAGCGAUGGAAGUGGAGUGAAAAAUCUGUUUACUGCAGACUUUUGCCUCCCUUUUUGAAGAAUCGCAGUGAUCCAUCGCGAAGAGGAGACUAUGAGCGGUGCACCUGCCGACCCUCAUCAGUCCGAGAGACAAAACCUACUGGACAGACUUCUGGAUGGAGUCAAACAGUGUCAAAUCAGGUUUGGUGGGAGGACAGAGCUGGCCACAGAUAGUGACAGCAGGGUUGUAUGUCUAUUGAACCAGUUUGAAACAGUACUUCAACAUGGGAUGAAGAGAGCCAAGGGGCUGGCAGCAAUCAAGCAAGUAACACAACAAGUUACAGGUAUCAACAUAAAAGGUGAAACAGAACCAGUGUUCUGGCAGUGCAUGAGAGAACAUCUGAACAAGCAUGAGUUGCAGCGCUACCUGAUGCUCCAGCAGGUUACCACGGAUGCAGGGCGUGGCAGGGCGUGGCUCAGGUCUGCCCUGAAUGAACACUCGCUGGAGAGAUACCUGCACUCCUUACUGGGAGACACUAACCUACUCAGACAACACUAUGAUGACUGGGCCUUUGUCCUAGAUGAUGAGAGGUCCAGCAUGCUUCCUAACAUGGCAGCAGGUCUGGGUUCCAUACUGUUUGCCAUCAAUAUUGACAAGGCAGAACUGAACACAGUAAAACAGGCAUCAGCCACCUCCCUACUGGAGCCCCUGGCUACCAUGGUGGGGAAUGUCACCAGCGGUGUUAGCAGUCAGAAACCUGGGCAGGAACCACAACCUGUGUAUGCAUUAGAUGUGCCCAGUGGAGACAUGACUUCCAACAAAGACAAAAAGAAGGACAAGAAGAAGAAGAAAAAGAAAGUGGCCACCAUUAUUGACAGUGACUCUCCACCAAGCCCGUUCUAUGCUUCCAAGUCACAGCCAACGUAUGAAGGUUCUGGAUCUGUCAAAGAGCCAAGCCUUGAAUUCGGAACAGGAUCCCCACCUAUAGCAAUCGUACCUGAUAAUCAAGUUCCAGCAAGGAGCUACUCUAGUGACAGCCCUGACCUGUCUUAUCUGUCGUCAUCCUUCCCAACAAAGACUCCUCCCCCUACUCCAUACGACUCUGCCAUGUUGACGUACCAAAGUCAACUCUUAGAAGGCUCGGACUACAUGAACGCGAGACUGAACGCCAUGUCGAUGGAGCAAGGGGAGGAGGAAGGGACGAUCGCCAGCGCACCGGAAACCCUCUCCACGUCCUUCCCAGUCAAGACUCCGCCUCCCACGCCGUACGACUCGUCCAUGAUGAAGUACCAGCAUGCCCUGGAAGACGAGACAGACUACAUCAGCAAGAAGCUGAAGGAAGUUUCCUCCCAGGAGAUGUCAGGGAGUCCCUCAGCUCCGAGGUGGUCCAUCAGUACAGGGGGGUCCAAGGACCUGGCAGACUCCCAGUCGUAUGAUGAGGACAGUAUGGGGGAAGACAUCAGGAGGUCGUCUGAUAACGGCUCCGGGAAUCUCAUGUUGUACGGAGAGGAAAGGACGGGAGAGACGGCUGAUCUGUUUCCUGUGACUGCAGAAGACGACUUCACCACAUCUUCAGAGACGAUGUCAGAGUCCCACGCCAGACCAGAGUCAUUUCCCCGGUCAGACUCCCUGCCUCAGUACGGAGCAGACAUGGAGAGUGCAGCUAUGGCAGUUGCUCUGGCACAACAGGGCCUGGACAUCAGACUUCCAUCUUCAGCACACCUGCCCUCACACAUCCACACCAGUUCAGUGAGAACACAGGGAGAUGGCAGUGUUGCUACAUUACCAGCCUCACCUAGACAUGAGACCAUGUCAACAAGUGAGUUGAAACAAGCUGUGGUGGCCAUGAUGUUGAGGAAAGAUGAAGUAGAGGAACAAAACAGGUCCAUGAGAAGCUUGCUGGAUGCAGAAAUGGAAAACUCAGCCAGGUUAAGAGUGGAGACAGAGGAACUAAAGAAGAAGCACAGUUUACAACAGGAGAGAAGCACAGCCAAGAUACAGGCUCUAACAAGGGAGAAUGAAGUCCUGAAACAUCAGCUGAAGAAGUACGUAGGGGCUGUACAGAUGUUGAAGAGGAAAGGGGCACAGGGGAGUGAGAUUCUGGCAGACCUAGUGAAGGUACAGGAGGAUGAACAGCCGGCCCCCCCUCCCCCUCCUCCUGAGGGAACUGUGGACUACAGUGAGGAGGCUGCACAGUACAAGGAGAAGCUCAUUCAGGUGGCAGAGAUGCAUGGAGAACUGAUGCAGUUCAAUGAACACCUCCACAUGGACCUGCUGUCCAAGGACAACCUCAUCCAGCGGCUGAAGGAGGAACUGGUGGAGCUCAGGGGACCGCUACCAGAAGACAGUGUUACAGAGGAAACCAGUGGGACUGAUGCAGACCUGAGCCUGGUGACCAGAGCACUGGUUAACAUCUGGAUCCCUUCAGUCUUCCUACGUGGCAAGGCAUCAGACACACACCAUGUUUACCAGGUGUACAUCAGAAUACGAGAUGAAGAGUGGAACAUCUACAGGAGAUAUGCUCAGUUCUAUGAGCUCCACUCUCAGAUGAAGAAGAAGUUUCCCUCAGUGGCAUCACUGGGCUUCCCUCCGAAGAAGGCCAUAGGAAAUAAGGACUCCAAGUUUGUGGAAGACCGUCGUAAGAGACUGCAGAACUACUUACGUCACCUGAUGAACGUGGUGGUACAGAACACCCAGGGUCUGGUGGCCGGGGCAGGCAGGGAGAGACUCGUCACUGUGCUGCCCUUCUUCGGUGACCCGUACCCACCUAUAACUACAAAGCCAUCCCGGUCAGGUCCAUUUGGUCGUAGGAAGAGCAAACAAGAAGCACCAACACAACAACAACAACAACAACAACAACGCCAUCAAUCCUACAUGGGGCUGUGAUUUACUCAGGCUUUGUCUGUGUUCAGAUUGUUAAGUCCUGGAAAACCAAUUAUAACUUAGUAAUGCAUGUACAUGUAUCAUAUCCGUCUGUCAGUUUUACCAUACUGUAAUUCACUUAAAAAUGUUUGUGGUAGCAAAAGUUCGCUGUCAGAGAAAAAAGGAAAUAUUUGCAGAACUAUAUGUUCAUGGUGGCAGCAGAAAGAAAGCAAGUCAGAAAAAUAUUUGUCAGCAAAAUAUUGUUUGUAAUGAUAAGUUUGCGGUACUGAAAACCUUGAGCAUAAAAGUACCAUGAAAAAUCAUGAAUCACAGUACUUUAGGAACACAGGUUGUCUUUUCCUGCCAGCUGCCUUGAUGGCACCUGUUAUUCAGGGCUUGCUGACAGAUUCUACUCAGUGACAUCCAGAUGUCAUAAUUCAGUCAUAUGAAAUUCAGCCUGUGGCUGUCAUUUACUUUUGACUAUAAUUCAAUCAUUCAUCCAAUAUGCAUUGCCAAUAUUGUAUUGUUACAAUAAGUAAACAUUUACAGCAAUAGAAGGGGGAACUAUAAGGAGACUUUGUUUAAGAAAAAUUGAUAAUAAUGCCCAAAUCAUUUACCUUUGUUAGGAAUGUUAUACUUACGUACUAUAAUAUAAUAUAAUACUGCAGCUCGAAGCCAACAAAAAUGGGACUACUACAUUUGUUCAGUAAUAAUCAUUGCCAUAUGAAAUGCAAAAAUGACUCAGGACAUGCUGCUUGUACAUAUACAUAUACAUGUACAUGUAUGAGUUGAGUGAACUUAGUAUAGCAAAAUACCAAUAUGUAAAGAUUGGUAGACGUACCAAAAGAUACUUCUAAAAUUGUGUCUUUGAUUCAAUGUUGCACUUCUAAUGAUAGAUAGAAUUCUAGCAUCUGUACCUAGUUAAUUGUUGUCGUGAUUGUACAAGUUUUUGUUUGAAAGUGCAGGCACUGGCCGGUGUACCAGUGUGCUUGCUGACAACAAGUCGGACACUUUGGUCUUCUCAAGGUACAAUGUAAAGCACCAAAGAGUUUUACAUGUAGGUUUUAGCCAAGAUUUAGGUUCUUAAAGUUUUUCUUUUACUCUGGAAUUACUAAUUUUUGGAAGGCUUCAGUGUUUCAUGACAUCUCUAAAUUGAUGUCACAUUGUAUAAGAAACUUGGUAAGGGCAAGAACAUUAGAUGUAUAAUGUCCUUUGUAAGCCUUAGGGUAACAAAUGAGCACAGCUCAACAAAGUUAUACAAAAGCCACAUAAUUGCAAAGAAACAAGAAAGAUGAAGUUGUGGAAAAAAAGGACCCAAUGACGUGACAAAUGUAGAAAAUUGUGGGAAAAGACUUCCUUUUGGUCGAGAAUACAAUGAUUUCAUAUGUAUAAUGAAUAAUGUAUUUAGCUAGAUAAUUUCAAUGCUCCCCAAUAUUCCGACUGAUGAUAAACUUUCGUUUAUAAACGAUAAUGAAAAAGCGUUAAUUUAAUAGCAUACUGGACUGCCAGUUUGUUUAUGCUAUUUGUUGUAAAAUAUAACCCCGACCAAUAUGGUCGACCGAUGAUGAUGAUGAUGAACCACAGUUAAAUAACCUGCAUCUCAAACAGACCCAACAAAAAUGGGAGAAUAGGGUUAUUACAUUUGUUCAGUAAUAAUAAUUGCCAUAGGAAAUGCAACAAUGCUCAGGACAUGCUGCUUGCACAUUUACAUGUAGAGUUGUAUCACAGGAACAAAUACAAUUUGCUAUUUAUCGAUGCCAACCACAACAUUAGCUUAGUCAACUGACAAGUAUAUUAUAUAAUAGUUUGUGGCACAUUUAAACAGCAAUAUUUUUUCAUGUAUAUCUAGGUAAGAUGUAGAGCAUUGACUUUUCCUGAUUUGAUGGUAAUAUUUGCCGGGUUCUUACCAAAACAAAAUGUUGCAAUUCCUUACUUGAUUACAAUGAUCCUUACAUGGCUGACCAUUGCUUGCCUUACUGUAACAUGAAUGGUUGCAUAUUAUAAUACUGACAAAGUUGACAUAACAUUAUACCAAACUUGCAUGUAUUCGUCAUGUAACUUGCCAGUGCAGUGUCCAUUGUGGACAUUGUUACACACAGUGUUGUAACAGUUGGUCUUCCUAUACUGUAGGUAACAAAUUUGCAUAAAUAAAAUCUUUCAAUUUUCAUUUUACAGUUUUCCAUUGUCCACCUUACUCACUUGGCUAUGAAGAAUGGAAUUUGUCUUGCAUAUAUUUAGUCACAAAGUCUGUGUAAAUGACAUAAUCACAAUUAACAUAAUAUUAGUUUUCCAUUGAAGGUUCUAGGAACGAUCAUGUAUAUGAAUUAAAUGAAAACAAUGUGCAUUCGACAUGCACAAUGGAAUUUAACACAAACAUAAAAGAAAGCGCACACAUUUAGCCGAACUGAUACUAUGUGCCAUACUUACAUUUAAAACUUUGUUCGUUCAGUAUGUUCAAUGUAAACGUACUCCUGUACUGUAGAGGUAUUUUGUAGCUGCAAAAACUAAUUAACUCCUGACCUUUGACCUGAACCUUUACCUGAGUUUUGAGAAGUGUAACAAACAAACAAACAAACAAACAGAAAUAUGUCAAACUGAAGGUGGUACUCCGUUUGGAAAAUUAUCCAAACUUGUGUCUUAUUUUUCUGUGCUUGUCUUUUUCUACUUCAACUAAUAAUUAUCAUUUGUU